ACAAGGAUCCAUCUUACUCGCCUGUCCGGCCUCCAGCUAUACCUCUCGCUGUCCGCAGCCCCUACACCAGCAUCUGGUCAUCUACUGCCAACAAUGGCACUCUCAACAGCAACGCAGCUAUGUUCUGGCCUGGAACCACUGCUGGCUGGGAAGGUAUCAUCGUCGUAGAUCAAGUUGCUUACGAGUAUCUGGGUAUUGGUUUGCAGUCUCUCCCGCCCCUCAAGAACAUCAAAACUGCUUCCCAACUCGCCGUCUCGUUUGAUUCUCAGUAUUCAAAUUUCACCAUCCGUGCCGGACCUGUCGACCUUGUUGCAAGCUUCUUCAGCCCAGUCAUACCACAAGACCUUUGCCGGACCAGUAUGCCUCUUAGCUACCUUGAAGUCACCUUCCACAGUACGGAUAACAAGGCUCAUGACGUCCAGCUAUACAGCGAUGUCAACGCAGGUUGGAUCUCACCGGAAACUAAUACUACCGUGACAUGGAACCUGUUUGAAGGAGCCUCAGCUGUCAAUGGAAGUGGCAAUGUGACAACUCGUCCAUCUGCUAUUUACAGUUGGGUGCUCGCCCAAGAAACACAAUACGAGUUUGGAGAGGAGGCCGACUUCCCACAAUGGGGCAACUUCACCUACUCCUCGAGCCCUGGUGAUUCUCGAAACUUUAGCUUCCAGAGUGGCUAUUCUCUCGACCUUCGAUACAACUUCGUCACAAAACUCGGACUCUCUGACGUUGUGGAUUCUGAUUACCGUGGUGCUCAAAGCAAAGAACCGAUUUUCGCAUUCGUGCAUGAUUUCGGCUCAGCAACUUCGGGAAAUACACUCUACACUAUCGGAACAGUGCAGAAAAAUGUCAUCAGGUUCCUGACAUCAGAUGGGCUUGUCUCUCUUCAACCAUGGUGGACAGAGUGCUACGGAGAUAGUUUGUUUGACCUCAUCGAGUUUCAUUAUAACGACUUCGCAACCAGUCAAGCCAAGGGAGCUGAUUUCGAAGCUCAGCUCAAGGCAGACGUCAAAGCGUACUAUUCGACCACUCCAGGAGCAAUAUACAGCAACAGCACUCCGUCGCCUCCUCCUUCAUAUGCCAAUGCUUCAGACGAAGAGUUUCACGGCACAAAUCAAUGUGGCCAAGCCUACAUCUUUGAUUCAAGCAACGGAUAUGGUUUCCUUGACCCCAACAACUUCAACGGCAUUGCUGUCCCUGAUGUCUCGGAAGCUGAGAGCUACUAUGCUAUUGUCGCAUUGAGUGCACGUCAGGUCAUGGGGGCUUACGUUCUGACGGUCCCGCCGAACCUUCAGUAUGGCAACCUGUCUUCAAUCGUGCCAGGUGAACCACUUCUGUUUCAGAAAGAGAUCUCAAGUGAUGGCAACGUGAACACCGUGGACGUUGUCUUCCCGGCACUGCCCUUCUACCUUUACGCCAACCCCCAGAUGCUCAAACUUGUUUUGAACCCAUUACUCUAUAACCAGGAGAACGGAUUCUACCCCAAUGGUUACAGCAUGCACGAUCUGGGCACACAUUUUCCCAAUGCCACUGGCCAUGUCGAGGGCAAUGAUGAGUACAUGCCUGUCGAGGAAAGUGGUAACAUGCUUCUCAUGGCUUAUGCUUACUUCAAGUUUACUGGCGAUGCAGCCUUCCUCUCCCAGAACUACGCCAAACUUCGUCAAUGGGCAAGCUACGUAUCCCAGUACUCGCUGAUUCCAGAGGCACAGUUGAGCACUGACGACUUUGCUGGAACGCUUGCCAACCAAACUAAUUUGGCCAUUAAGGGUAUUGUGGCACUCAAAGCAAUGUCCUUUAUCUCUGACGCCGUGGGUGACCUUCAAGCGGCGGCCAAUUACUCAGCUACUGCUUCUACUUACUUUACCCAAUGGGAACAAUUCGCAAUCGAUCCAAGCGGUACCCACACGAUGCUCGCCUAUCAAAGUCGUGGAUCCUUCGGUCUUCUCUACAACACCUACCCUGACAAGCUUCUGAACCUCGGUAUCAUUCCCCAGAGUCUCUAUGACAUGCAAAGCGAGUGGUAUCCGACCAUCUCUCAAAUCUUUGGUUCUGAUUGGGAGAUGUGGACCGCAGCAACAUGUUCCCCUGAGACUCGUCGACUCUUUGUCAAUUCGCUAGCAUACUGGCUGAACAACACGAGUACGGGAUUGCCGUUCGGUGAUCUUNUUGACACUGUUGGUACUGGUGGCUAUCCCGUGGGUGGUCCAACCUUCAUAGCGAGACCUGUUGUUGGAGGCCACUACAGUCUACUAGCACUGCUGAAAACUGGUCAAAACAGCCAGACCGGCACCAUGCCUGGUGGUUUCCCACAGAACAGUACGCAGGCACUGCCGGAGUCGCAAGCAGGUUACUUGAGCAUUUCAGCUUCAAGCGUGUCGUUGCCAAUGACCAGCACGGCUACUAUGCCGGCACCGUCGCACAGCUACUACAGCAAUUACACUAGCUCACGUACUUGGCGCAGA